AUGGCUACCGAACAGACCUACAUUAUGAUCAAGCCGGACGGCGUGCAGCGCGGUCUGGUGGGUGAGAUCAUCAAGCGCUUCGAGGCUCGCGGCUUCAAGCUGGCGGCGCUCAAGAUGGUGCAUGCCUCCGAGGAGCACCUCGAGCAGCACUACAAGGACCUCAAGGGCAAGAAGUUCUUCCCCGGCCUCAUCAAGUACAUGGCCUCCGGCCCCGUCGUCGCCAUGGUCUGGGAGGGCAAGGACGCCGUCAAGACCGGCCGUGUCCUCCUCGGCGCCACCAACCCCCUCGACUCCGCCCCCGGCACCAUCCGUGGCGACUUUGCCAUCGACGUCGGCCGCAACGUCUGCCACGGCUCCGACUCGGUCGAGUCCGCCAAGGCCGAGAUCGCCCUCUGGUUCGGCGAGCAGACCCCCACCAUCGCCUACACCCGCGCCGUCGACGCCUGGAUCUACGAGUAA